AUCCAUCUGUCCACUCCUCCGUCUCUGCAUCUAGUCAUUCGCCAGCCUUCAGACUCUCUGACAACUCCACACACCUGAUCCAGCUGUCGCAAUUGUAGCUGUCCCUGUCGCAGGGAUGGGCUUCACUGACCUGCUGGACGAAGUGGGCGGAUUUGGCAGGUAUCAGUGGCUCCAUGUAACUCUCAUCAGUUUACCUGGGUUGAUGAUGGCAAGUCAGAACCUGCUCAACAAUUUUGUCUCAGGAAUACCCACCCACUACUGCAGCCUGCCGGCCAAUCAGAGCCUGCACAACCUAUCAGUCAUCUUCCAGAUGGACCAGACACAGCUGUUGAAAGCUUUCAUCCCUCCGGAUCCUUCAGGAAAAAGACUGGACCGCUGCAAAAGAUAUGUGGAGCCUCAGUGGCACCUUUUAGACACUAAAAGCUCAUUUAACAUAAGCGAGCUACCAACUGAAGACUGUGUGGAUGGAUGGACCUUUGAUCGAUCCGAGUUUGACGCCACAACUGUUUCCGAGUGGGGCCUGGUGUGUUCUCUGCGUCCUCUCAAACAAAUGAUUCAAACUAUCUAUAUGGGCGGAGUCCUAGCAGGUGCAAUCAUCUAUGGCGGUCUGUCAGACAGGUACGGAAGGCGGUCUGUCCUUAUCUGGUCAUACCUGCAGCUGGCCGUGCUCGGAACUAGCUCUGCCCUAUCUCCUUCAUACUCUGCCUACUGCAUUUUCCGGUUCCUGAGUGGCAUGGCGGUGUCUGGAAUCAUCAUCAACGGAGUCUCCUUGAAGGUGGAGUGGAUCCCUACCAAGACCAGGACGCUAGUGGGGACGCUCAGCUCCUUCUUCUUCACCUUCGGUCAAAUGAUCCUGGCGGGGGCUGCCUACUGGCUGAGAGACUGGAGGAAACUGCAGGUGUUCGUCUGCGCUCCUCAUUUGCUGUACUUCGCCUACAGCUGGUGGUAUUCAGAAUCAGCUCGCUGGUUAGUUAUGAAACGUCGGUCUGAAGAUGCCCUGAAGUGUCUUCACAGAGUUGCUCGAAUCAAUGGAAAAUCUGAGGUUAUUGACAAACUGACAAUAGAGGUUCUCCACUCUCACAUGAGUAAAGAGAUCGAAUCAAGCCGCUCAUCGUUCACAGCGUUUGACCUGAUAAAGACCCAAGGAAUGAGACGCGUCUCCAUCUGUCUGGUCGCUGUCUGGUUCGCCACCAGUUUUGCUUACUAUGGUUUGGCGAUGGACCUGCAGAAGUUUGGGGUGAGUAUUUACCUGGUCCAGAUCAUCUUUGGAGCAGUAGAUAUUCCUGCCAAACUGAUGGCUCUGGGCAUGCUCAGUUAUCUGGGGAGAAGGGUGUCUCAGGUGUCCUGCCUCUUCCUGUCGGCCAUCAUCAUCUUUGCCAACAUCUUUGUCCCUACAGACAUGCAGACCCUCAGGACUGCGCUUGCCUGCCUGGGUAAGGCCUUCACCUCAGCCUCCUUCACCACGGUCUACCUGUACACCGGAGAGCUUUACCCCACCGUCAUCAGGCAGACGGGAAUGGGAUUCGUCUCCACAAUGGCGCGGAUCGGGAGCAUGGCAGCACCGGCAGUACUAAUCCUGGAUGAGGUACUUCCUGCUCUGCCUAGCAUCGUCUAUGGGGGUGCUGCAGUGAUCGCCAGCGGGUUCGCCUGCUUCCUACCGGAGACGCUCAAUGAGCCACUGCCCGACACUAUCGACGAUGUGGAGGAAAAAUGGUCUCGACAAAGCUCCAGCUCCAGGCAGAAAGAGGGCGUGGUACUAAAUGAUGACGUGCAGUUUCCUGGGGGUGUGGUGCCUAAAGAAGGAGUGGCUUUGAAAGAUCUGAAGGACACAGAAGGGAGUGGUCUCAACGCGCUCUGACCAAUCAGAUGACGCGGCAUUCAAAUCAGAACAAAUGACACAGGGAGGCAGUUAUUUUAAAAGUAAACAAAAUCAUUUUCAUACAGUAGUCAAAAUCAAACAAGUGAUUGAUUACAGGUGGACGGAUCGGAACAAAAUCAAGCCAGUACAGGAAGUGGAAAAGUCUGUAACAAGUUUGAUCUUUUCUUGAGGAAUCAGUUAUGACUAACAGAAAUGAAUGUGAUUGUGAUGAACUAAUUCAAGUUACUGAUAACAUGCUAUAGUCUGAAACACUCAGAGUGAGCAGCUGAGG